AUGGAAUGGUCCGCACCACCUCCUCCCUAUCGCGAGGUCGAUUCGAGCCAACCCCCCAGCAACACCGUGGUGAAUUUCCGGGUGCCACGAAAGCCAGUACAGCCAGUCCAUACUGAAAGGCCCAAGACGGCGCCCUCGAGGAACGACGACGCUGCGCCGCCGGUCUUCUUUGAAGAGUUCGAAAAGUUGAAGCAGUCGGGCCUGCAGACCCAUCCAUUGCCCGUCAACAUCUCUUCACCCCGCCGUGACGUAUCAUUGAACGCUGCCGUGUAUGGAAGUGGAAGUGGAAGCAGAAGCGAAAAUGGCGCUGACGCGCAACUAUGCCGCAGCUCUUCAUAUGCAGAGCCUGCCAGCGGCAAGCCUUGCUCUUCAGACAGUCUCUACGCCCCGGCCCCUCUCCGGCAUGCUACCAGCAACGUUUCUCUCAACCCGAGCCCCAAGAUACUGCCGUUGCCAGCCUUGUCUUACGUCCAAGACGCUUUCCGGGAAGCUCGCCAUUUCGCGGGUGGUCUCAUAACGCAUCCGGUCGAAAGCACGAAACACUUCUCAAUCCUGCGACACAGCCAUGGCUUGGUUUUCUAUCAAGGUGCAGAGACAACGCUGGCCAUAUCCAUAUUCGCAGAUGACCCGUUACCCCCGGAACGCACAAUAUGGCUACAGAGCAGAGGGUGGAGCGGCAAGACGGGAAUGAGAGCUCGAGCUUUUAUGGGAAUGAACGGGAACUGGAUCAAUGUCACUCCGUCGCUGAAUGUUGGAAGCGAACAAUUGAAACCAAGCGAUGAACGAGCCUGGCAGCGCGAUAUAGCUCAUUUUCGAAAGAAGGCGAACAGCAGCAGGCAACAGUACCACACCCUUCGAGAGACGGCGAUAGUAAGAAUCCCUGAGGAGGCCGAAGAUGGGUACUUCCAAUUCGUGCUUUGCUUAGGCAACAAGCAUAAAACUCUCUGCCCGAGUCCUGUCUUUAGGAUCAUCUCCUCCUCAACUAGCCCAGGUAUGAUUCGGGGAGCAAGUUUGAGUACACUCCCACUCGAACUCGGGGCAAUAGCGUUUGGGAAAUAUGCGCGGAAUACAGCGGGAAGAGUUGUGGGUCCAGUGGCUGCUGUUGUACAGAAUCGAGCCCAAAAGUUCAUGCCACUCUGGGUCACUCAACAAGCAACAUCGCUAGCUCUCGGUGCUGUGAAGUCCUCGGAUCACAUGGGCACUCAGGUUGCAGAUGGCCGGAAUGUUAGCCUGGAUGGACUGUCUUGGGCCUUCGGCACAGGGGAUCCUUCAAUCGAAGAGGGCCCGCAGGCACCGUACCCCCUUCGGUUCAUGGCUAAUAGCGAGCCGGCAACAAUCGGCACCGAGCAGUUCAAUAUGCCAGGCAUGGUAUUGACUGGGAUCCCGAUCAACAUUGGCCAGCACCUGUCUGGGUACUUUCUUGGAUGGGCACGGUUUGUGAAACAGCCAAUGAUGAGGAAGUCCUCUCGAAUCGAGGACGAGACCUGGUUUCCAGCAGUUAUAUCGGCUCUGCCCACGACUACUGUCCCGGGCAAGAAAGACGUGAUUGUCCGCCUCACUCGCGAUUACGACGAAGCGGCCUCUGAUCGGCGGGUCAUUGAGAUCCGAAUUAUGGGGUUGAUUCGUCUAGACGAUGUAAUGCAGCGAGAUGCAAUACAACGAGGCCUUCAAGCGAGAGACGAUGAAGCCGCCGAGGUAGCUAUGCUUGCAGAGAUGAACGAUAUACUGCUCGCAGAAAAUAUUCUCGAUCGGCCUGCGUGGAACCCAGAGGCUGUUCCUCGAGUCACACCUCGGGCGGGAAGUAGCAGUGCGGAUUUCAUCAGGAUGGGUGCGCAAAAGCAGAUUUCAAAGUUACCAUUUCAUAAGCUCGGCGUUAGGUGUCCGGCGGAUGGAGUCAGGAAUACCCCCUUUGCAGCGAAUGGCUAUUAUGUGAGGAGGUAA